UCAUCAAGCUCCGCCUCCAACCCAGUAAAAAUCUGGGAGACGGAGAGAAGCGUUUUGUACUCUUCUGCUUUCUGCUGUUCUUCUUCUCCUUUUCCGUGGGGCAACGGCCACCUGAGCCAUGAAGGACGAAAGCUGGCAACUAUCGACGGUCGCCUGGGGAGCCGCGCUUUUCUUUUUGUUUUAUUUAGGUUUCUUGCGGCGUGUUACUGGUGCGGCUGGCACGGUUUUUCACCGCCGGCGGUCGGGCCGCUUCGAAAAAUCUUGGAGUCCUCCCAGGGACGCGUGGUCCCCUAGACUAUCUGGCUUUCCUCUACGGCUUUGCGUGCACUUGGCCAAUACAGCUUUUGGACAACUUUUUUUAGUGCCAUUUUUAAUGCAGAUGAACAAUUUUACUGCUCUACGCUACCUUGAUAUUACUGAAGAUCCUACUUUCAUGCCAAUGGUGGCUUCAGAAAGAAAAGAACACAAGUCAGAAUCAAAAAAUGUCUCAGCAAUUCUCGAGAGUUUGAUGGAAUCAAGCUCAUGUUCUGCAAGUUCUGUUUUCAGAUUUAAAGGGAUUCAGGAUUACUUGAAAUGCUAUAGAUCUGGAGAGGUAACACCCCGAGAAGUUGCCAAGAACAUUAUUGCUGCUCUGAAAGAAGUUGGGAAAGCAAAUCCUAACCUCCAGGCAAUUUCUCAGUGGAAUGAGGAAGAGAUAAUCAAGAUGGCUGAGGAAUCCACAGCUCGUUACAGAAGCAAACAGCCUCUCUCACUCUUGGAUGGAAUUCCAGUAUGCAUAAAAGAAGAAAUUAAAGUGGUACCCUAUCACCACCGAAGUGGAACUGUAUACUUGGGCACAAAGCCAGAGACUGAAGAUGCCACUGUGACAAAGAAAUUACGGGAGGCUGGUGCCAUUAUCAUUGGCGUCUCGAACAUGCAUGAAUUGGGUAUAGGGACCACUGGAUGUAAUCCCAAUAGAUAUCAUGGCACAACUAGAAAUCCAUACAAUCCUCAGCAUUUUACUGGUGGUAGUUCUAGUGGAUCAGCAGCAGCAGUGGCUGCAGGCCUCUGUCCGCUGGCUGUUGGUACAGAUGGAGGUGGUUCUGUGAGGAUCCCAGCUUCUUUCUGUGGUAUUGUGGGACUGAAAGGUACCUUUGGACGGAUCAGUGGAUUUGGAUCUCAUCCUCUGUCAUAUUCUACUGUUAGUCUUGGCCCUCUCUGCACCUCAGUUGCAGAUGCUGCUGUUGCUUAUGCUACCUUGGCUGGGUCAGAUUUACAGUAUCCAUAUGGAUUGCACCAACCUGAACCAUCCUUCUCAGAAAACAUCAACACUGAUCUGAAUGGUUUAAAAUUGGGAAUUGAUUGGAAUUUCUUUAAGGCAUGUGACACUGAAAUCUUAGCUGUCUGCAACAAAGCAGUGGAAUUUCUAGUGGACUUAGGAGCCUCAGUAGUUGAAGUAUCUUUGCCAGAGAUAGAAGAGGUUCGUGUGGCUCAUGUAAUCUGCAUUCUCAGUGAAAUGAGAGAUUUCCUGCAGUCUGACUUCAACAAUCAGUUUGAACAAAUGAAUUUGGAGACUCGUUUGAACCUUGCAAUUGGUUCUCAAAUCACAGCCGUGGACUAUAUUAAGGCAAAUCGCCAGCGAAGUCGAAGCAUGGCUUCCCUGAAAGAGAUAUUUUCAAAGGUGAAUUGUCUCCUUACACCAGGUACUGCAUGUUGUGCCCCAGCGAUCCAUGAAUCAGACCUCCUGACUGGAUGUAGUGAUAUUCAGACAACUCUACGGACUAUGAGAUACAUGCAGUUGGCCAACUUGACAGGCAUUCCAGCCCUUGUGGUACCAGUUGGAUAUACAAUUUCAGGGCUUCCCAUCAGCCUUCAAAUGAUGACAAAGUGGUGGAAUGAAGCGUUGCUGUUCCAAAUAGGCCUGAAACUGGAGCAAUUUCGUGGUACACCAGCAAAACCAAUAAUUUACUAUGAUAUUCUGAGAUAAUAUGGCUAGCUUCAAAUUUCCUUAACACUUCCAGUUCCAAUACAGUUGUCUGUUUAAAGUAUGUAUGCCUUAAGGGAAGAGAGUUAGUCAGGACAGGUUCACCAGCUCCCAUUAAAAAAUGCAGAGAAAAUUAAAUUGGAAUGAAACGGUAACUUACUAAAGGAUGUACAAUGCUGUAUGUCUGCAGUGCUUACAGUUUAUACCCACACCAACUGUUUAUAAACAUCCAGAUGCUGCAGAUUUUUGCGAUUGAACAAAUUCUCUUCAGAUACAAUUUGUUUGAAUGCAUUUUAAAUACUGUAUGUGACAUUUGCAUUCAGCUUGUAUAUAUAAUGGCACAGAAUAUUGAUAUGUUUCUGACAUGGAAAAUACUUUCUUAGAAAGGGUGAUGGGUAUUUAUAGAUUUAAAAAAAAAAACCCAAUUCUGACAAAAAACUAACAAUAUAUACCCUCUAGUGAUAUUGUACAAUUGUAUUUCUUUAUAGUUCAGCAGAACGUUAAUUUCUUGUGUCAAAAUGAAAGCAAAUUAUUUUACUACAGGCUGGUGCAUCCAUGCUCCUUUUCAAAGUGAUAGAAAUCAAUUGAUUCAGAAAAUAUGAUGGAAAAUAGAGAUGUCUCUUAAUUGGCAUCGACAUCAUUAAUACAAUAUUUAAUGCAAUGGAUUUGUUCACUUAUCCGAGUCUGAGAUAAAAUUAAUACAUUAUUCAGAAAA